ACCAACUUUUACGCGCAGGAGUUGUUCGUGGUUCAAGUAACGCGGAAGUGUUGGAUUGCCCCAAACUUGUUUUUGAUCCUAAACCACCUGAUGGACUUUCUGAGUUUCUUUUAGCCGUGGACAGGUCGACAAGGCGACUGAAUCGAAACGCAACAUUUAAUGAAUGAUCCUUAAAUCUCUGUAAAUAUCUACAACACCAUGCACUUCAAAGAAGUCCAGGAUGAAAUAGAGCUGGAGAGGAUGAACAAAGAAAGUACUGAAAAUGGCAGAGAUACCUUAAUACCAUUGCUAAGCUCUCAUACUGCUGUGCGAUCAUUUGACUGCAUACUUGUAGCACCUCUUGUUAAAGAUCAAGAUGAUCAGAAAUACAAGAAGCAGGAAGCCUACAUCAGGGAUCUCAAGUCGAAAAAUCUGAAAGUGACAAAAGUCCACCAUGAUAACAAAAUAUUCUAUGGUGUUCGUGCUCCUGAGGAACUCUUUGACAAGUAUAAGUACCUGCUGAAGGUGUCUGAUUCUUGUAACUGGAGUGCUGAAUAUGGAGGCUAUGUCCAAAACACCACAAGGAUUAGGAUUGUCUAUUUUAUCCUGCACCAUACAUUUAUUGGGACAGGAGAGGGCCUGAGGGAUCUUAUGAAGCAAGAAGUGUUCGAGACCUUGUUCUGUCUCCAUGAGAGUACACAGCAGGAGUAUCUGAAGAGGAAGUGGGCAAGUUGGAGGGCCUUAAGACAUCUAGUCAACCAACCUGUUGAUGAUAUCAGGGAUUACUUCGGUGAGAAGAUAGCAUUAUAUUUUUUGUGGCUUGGUUGGUACACACGCAUGCUGAUCCCUGCUGCUGUCAUUGGAGUGGUUGUGUUCCUUUAUGCCCUGGCUUUUUUUGAGUCCAACCCCAUCAUAAAGGAAGUCUGUGAAUCAAACAUCACCAUGUGCCCAAUAUGUGACAAAAGGUGCCAUAUGUGGAAGUUGUCAGACACCUGUUUUUAUGCUAAGUUGAGUCAUCUAUUUGACAAUGAAGGAACUGUGGCCUUUGCAAUGUUUAUGGCUGUUUGGGCCACUUUGUUUCUGGAGCUGUGGAAGCGGCAUCGAUCACUAAAUGUCUCCAGGUGGAGGGUCUUUGACUGGUGUGAAGAUGAGGAGGAACUUAUCCUGGAAAUUGUAAACAACCCACAUUGUAAACCCAAGGAGUUUAUUCACUCAUACAUACAGAGCAUUCUGGUUCUUCUGCUGUUCACAAUGGUGCUGGUGGUGAUCAUAGGCCUGGCACAUGCUCUGGUAAUCGUCCGUGUGGUAUCUGCCAUGCUUCUAUCAGACACCAAGUGGAAGGUUGUAAGCAAUAAUGCCAACAUGAUAGCAGUGACUCUGGGAGCAGUGCUGCACUACUUGACUAUACAGGUUAUGACUCGGGUGAACCGAUUUGUGGCAUUCAAGCUGUGUGAGUUAGAAAAGACUCGCUCAUUUGCAGCCACAGAGAGGAGCUUUACUGUGAAAAUGUUCACCUUCCAGUUCUUCACACUCUUCUCUUCGUUAAUAUAUGUGGCCUUUUUUCUGGGCAGGAUUAAUGGCUACCCAGGCAACUAUGUGCGAAUAGCAGGAAAAUGGAGACUGGAGGAGUGCCACCCUAGCGGUUGUCUUACAGACCUCUUCAUUCAAAUGGCAAUCAUUCUUAUCCUCAAGCAAACCAUCAGCAACAUAUUUGAGUUUGCUGGGCCGUGGCUUAAGCUUUGUUUUAAAAGGGCAAUAUUUAAGAAAGACCUGGAGAAGUGUGGUGACUGCAAAACGCCAACAUGUAAAGAAGACGGUCCUGGUAUUGAGCUCUGUGAUGUCUGCAAUCUCAAGGACUGGCUGAGGAACUACCAUCUGAAUACUGUCCAUGCCUUCAGUUUGUUUAAUGAGUUCCUAGAAAUGGUUAUCCAGUUUAGCUUCACAACCAUCUUUGUAGCGGCAUUUCCCUUGGCUCCGCUUCUUGCCCUCAUCAACAACAUAUUUGAGAUCAGACUGGAUGCCAUUAAAAUGCUGCACAUGGAGCGCCGCUUAGUGCCAAAGAAAACCAAUGACAUUGGUGUGUGGACUAGAGUUUUAGAAGUUAUUGGGGUGGCAGCAGUCAUUGCUAAUGGACUGGUAAUUGGAAUUUCUUCUGAAUUUGUUCCUCGCCUGGUUUAUUACUAUCGUUUCGGACCAUGUGCCAAUGGAACAGCCACAGACUUACAGUGUUUGGCAGGCUACACUGACUACAUACUCACCACUGCAAACAUGUCUGAUGCAAAUGUGCGUAAAGACUUCAGCCCUGAGCAGAUGAUGCACAAUGGAAUGAAUGUUACUCAGUGCAGCUACAAAGCCUACCGUACUGAAAAUGACCAGAGCUUUACCUCACACUACUGGUUCAUAAUAGCAGCCCGCUUUGCUUUUGUCAUCUUGUUUGAGCAUGUUUUAGUGGUGUGUAAGUUUAUCGUUGCCUGGUUUGUGCCCGAUAACCCCUUGCGGGUGAAGAACAACAGGCUACACGACAAACUAGACAGGCUGAAACAGGAGUUACAGGCACUGAGUGUGCAAUACGACAACAGGACCACUGACGUUUAAUUAAGUUUUUUACUGAUGGCUCUCAUUUUAAAAACUUUUUUUGUUUAUUUUUAAAUGCUUGUAAAGUUAAAUACUAGUUUUAGACACAGACACACAAGAUAGUAAUUUUGACCAGCCAAAUACAGCUGGAUAACAUUUGAAAUAGUAACCUGCAAUAAUAAAUUUGUGUGGUUUUAGAUGGAGGUAGAGAAAGCUACUCUCUGAAUUGCACAUUCUCAAAAAUACUACUAAACCGUAUUUAACCUUGCCCUUGAUGUUUGUAUCUUUUACAGCUUAAUGUAAUAAAAUAGUGUACCAUUUUAAAAUAUUCAAGGAAGGAAGUAUAAAGGAAGUCAUCUUUUAGACGAAUGAUAUGUGCAUUGGUGCAAAAGGUGUACACAUGAGAGUGCCAUCCAGCAAUAAGGCAUGAUAGCCCUUUUUCUGAGCAUGUAACCUAUAGCUUGCACAGUGAUUAUAUAUGAUUAUAUAGUUGAUGGUAAUCGUCUAUUCAUCGAGAUACAUGCUAUCCUAAUUUUAUACUUUUUGCUAUUGUAUUGUUAACCUUCUCACAGGAGGUAAAAUGAAAUCUAAAAACUUUUUGAUUGGUUAAUAUUGUAAGGUUUUCAUUGUCAUAUUGUCCCCACUUGAUGGCAGUGGUGGCAAGAAUGAACAGAGACGAGGACUAUAGAUUCUAUUUUUUACAUACAGUAAGCUACAACAGUGCCUUACUGAAUCUCAUAACUUGUGCAUUUUACAAGGUGUGUGUUUAUUUUGUUUUGCAUUGUUUUAUUUUUAAAAAUCUAUGUACCGGUGUUGUUUUCUGUACAAACAGUAUGAAGGGAGAAAAUCUUGGGAUGCAUGAGUGAAAUUAAAUUGUGGAUGUGUAGUUUAAAGUACGUUUUAACCGUGUUGCAAGAACUGUGAAUGUAUGUAAACUUCCUGUCAUAUUGAAUUACAUUCAGGUCUGAAAUCUUAUAAUGCAUUAUGAGGAGACCAAAUGGAAAUGUAUAAAUUUCCACAUUUCAUGUUUUAUAAAUGUUUAAGAAUUUAGUGUAUUUCUUUCAUGUAAUUCAUGUCAGUAAUAUUUGUUAUUGUAUCUAGAAAAUAAUCAUAGAUAAAAUGGCAAUAAGCUGGUAAUCAAAUAUUUCAAAUAUUUCCUUUUACAUGAAAAGAGACAAAUGUGGAAAAUAAUUUGACAUAGAAUAUUAUUACUAGCACAUAGUGUGCAUUAAAUUGAAUUUGCACUUCAAUUUGAGAAAGGAAUGAACACAAUGCCAACAAUUAUAAUUAUAUUAUAAUAUAACAACACUAACCAUUCUUUUGUGUUAUGUAUAUAAGUAUGUAUAAUAAGUUGUACUUUAAGCUAAGAAAUAUCUCUUGGCCUUUUGUAAGUUAAAAACUACUUAAUGACACUUACAAUCAAUUAUAUAAUUAUGACUGUUGUCUAGAUUCUCUGUUAUUUUGCACAUUUUGCUCUCAACCGCAUCCUUCAGUAGAAAGUAACUGCCGUUUUUAUAAACUAACCCCAACCCCUCAGCAUCCCCUACCCUCAAGAUAUUUGUAUUUCAACACUGUAUAUUUGUAAAGUAUUUUAUUUUUAUUAUUAUUUUUUAAAGUGUCGUUUUCUUUUUUAAAAUUGGUUUAAUAUCAUUGUCCAACAGGUGUCACUGUUAUUGAAAUUUUUUAUCAUCCAGGCUGUAUUUCUUCUAAGGGGACAUUAAGUUGUGGUUCCAUGGAGAUUUUCUUAAUAACUGCUGUAUAAUUUGUCGAACUUAAUUUACACUGAAAAUCCCAGAAUAAACAAUGUAACAGAGGAC